AUGAGGGUCGGCGAAACCCUUCGAAGUUAUGCCAGUCGGUAUUGGGAGCUAUACAAUGAAAUCGGAAAGGGUAAUGAGAAGAUUGCGGAGAGCACUUUCAGGAUGGGGCUGCCCGAGGACUCUGAACUACGGGAGUCGUUGACGAAAAGACCUCCCGAGGAUAUGAGGCAACUUAUAAGGCGUAUUGAAGAGUAUAAACGUCUUAAAGAUGAUCGGUUGCAGAAUAAGGGUAAGGUCCCGUUGUUGAAUCGCUCCCGGAAGGGCGUUUUUCCAACGAGACCGAGGAAGGAUUUCAGGAUGCAGGAACCAGAAGCACAAAUUAGAGGGGUGAAUGUAGCAUUCAAAGAGCCGAUACACAAAAUUUUAGACCGGAUUAAGAACAAAUCAUUCUUCAGAUGGCCGAACAAGAUGGGGGGUGACCCAUCCCGAAGGAAUCAAAACUUGUACUGCACAUACCACAGAGAUAAAGGGCGCACCACCGAGCAAUGCCGGGUAUUAAAAGAUCAACUGGGGCAACUAGUGAAGGCAGGAUAUUUGAAAGAGUUCGUAGUGGAUUCCGGUAACCGGGAUGCCGGCCAUGGUGCUCAGUAG